GGGAGUACAGUAAGAGGAACGAGGGAUGGGAUUGAGGUCGAUUGCAUCAAAUGACAUGGUGCUGAGGUCCUCGUUGCUGGCGUCGGGUUGUGGUGGCACCAGCGCCGCUGUGAAUUUGUUGCAGAUCCGGAGUUGGAGGCGCAGUGUUCCAAGUUUGUGCUACAUCUCGGCUGGUGGCAGGGUUAUGUUAUUUGCUGCCUGUGCAGGAGUGCGAAGUAGUACUUCUGCCGCCUCUGCUGCUACUGCUGCUGCUGCUGCUAGGGGCGUUGUGAGAAUGAGUGCAACACCGGUUGAUGGACAGAAUCCGUCUAUCGUCAUGAACGAUGAAAAUUUGACAAAAUCGGUAAUGGUGCGCAUCAAGGGCAAAGUUCAAGGGGUUUUCUACCGCAACUGGACCGUGGAGACUGCAAAGCAACUGGGAGUGGAUGGGUGGGUAAGAAAUAACAAGGACGGGUCAGUGGAAGCUGUGUUCUCAGGAAAAUCUGCUGCAGUCGAUUCUCUGCUCGAGAAAUGUGAAGCAGGGCCUCCGGCGGCCAAGGUGAGCAAUGUUGAAGCCACUCCAUACAAGGAAGAUGUCCCCAAAGGAUUCGAGCGGAGGCCUACAAUCUGAUCCGUUCGAAGAAAGAGCAAAGUUGGUCGGCCUUGACCAUGACGACUGGCGACUAUAUGUGUUUUGGGCACCAUUGUUCGUGGCAUAGUAUAUGCUCAAUUGGAUCUUUCCAUUUCCAGCAAUGGAAUUACCGACACAUCGUUGAGUAAACAAGAUCUAUGUACGUGGCCUAAUUCAACAAACAGUGAAAACUUUCUCCUAAUUCCUACAACUGGUACUAAAUCAAAACUUCGUCAUGAAGACACCCAAGAUAUAGUCACAUUUUUGCAAAUAGAAUUCGAUACCAUGUUUCCUGGGUACAAGCAUUGCCACCCACACAAAUUCGUAUGCGGUGUAUAUAAAACACUUCAGUCGAAAAAUGUGAUUUCGAGAAAGGUUGGGAAACUACUCAAUAAAUGAAAUCGUGAAACUGUUAAUGCUUGGCCCGCCACCUUCCCUCGUUUAUAUUCUAAAUUCUGGACGCAGAAUGUCUCUAAGUUAUACUAUUUUCAUUCCAAACUGGAUUUCCAUAAUGGGAUUUGAGAUUAUUUUAUAUGGAGACCAGUGAGGAUAUUGAAAUAGAUCUCGGAAGGUAGAAUCCUGUUACGAGUCCGUACCUAGGGGCAGGGAAGAUGUCAGAAUUUCACAUUGAAUCUUAUAAAUCUAUAUCACAAAUCUGGUUUCACGUG